AUGAGAAUAAAAUGCCUCAAGUGGUUUUGUUCAAGAUCUAUUUGCACGUUGCCGGACGGCGCCAAGAAGAAGCACGACCCGGAGGACGAUGACGCCAUCUCGAAGGCGAUCGGGGAGUUCGGCAAAUGGCAGUUGCUGCUCACGUUCGCGCUGUCCCUGUUCAACAUACCGUGCACGUUUCACAUAUUCGCGCCGACAUUCCACGUGGGCGAGCGCCGGAGCUUCUGGUGCGCCCGGCCGGAGGCCUUCCGGAACAUGUCGGUGGCGGAGUGGACGAAUUGUUCGGGACAAAGUGAGAGAGACUCGUGCGCGAUGUACGACGUGACGGGUUACGAUAGGACGACUUUGUGCAGUGCGAAUGGCAGUACGAUGAGUACGGUGAAAUGCACCGGUUGGGAGUUCGACGGCGUAGGUAGCAGCAUCAUAUCGGAUUUCGGGUUGGUGUGCGACAGGAGCGGCUUGCCAAAUUUGGCUGAGAUGAUGUUCCUGGCUGGAGUGGCUAUGGGAGGACUGGCUAGCGGUAUUAUGUCGGAUAAAUACGGGCGUAAGAGGACCCUAAUGAUAUCCGUUACAUUCCAAACUAUCCUCGGCACACUGAUAGCUUUCAGUCCUUGGUUUCUCUUCUACGCAAUCGUAAGAGCCAUGCUGGGUUUCAUAUCGGUUUCAGUAGUCUUCAGCGGUUUCGUUCUUUCCAUCGAACUAGUAGGAGGCGAAUGGAGGACAGUCACAGGUAUAUCCUACCUCUUUCCAGUGUCCAUUAGCUACGUAACAAUAUCCGGCAUCGGGUGGUUAUUAAGAAACUGGAGGCACUUCCAACUCGCCAUAUCCCUACCAGGAUUCAUCUACUUCACACUUUGGUGGGUGUUGCCGGAAUCGCCCAGAUGGCUCCUGGCCAUGGGCCGCACCAAGGAGGUGCUGGUGAUCUGCGAGCGAGCGGCCAAGUUCAACAAGAAGAAGCUACCGCCGAAUUUGGACAAGCAAAUUCGACCGGAGACGAACGCCGGCCCGGUGGAGGACGUCUCCGUGUUCGAUCUCUUCAAGACCGCCCCGAUGAGGAAGAGGACCUUCUGUCAGUUCGUCAUCUGGUUCAGCGUGUACUUGGUGUACUAUGGAUUGGUGCUCAACUUGGGCAACAUCGGCGGCAAUUUGUAUGUCAACUCCGCUUUGCAAGGGAUUGUUGAAGUACCAGCAGUAGCCAUCAGCAUAUACAUUCUGUUGAAGAAAGGAAGAAGAUGGCCUUCGUCGCUGUCGAUGAUUAUAUCGGGGAUAGCGUGCGUUCUGACUCUACCCAUAUACUUUAUAGAUUCUAAUCUCCAGUGGGUGAUAACAUCUUUGACGAUGAUCAGUAAAUUUUGCAUCAGUUCCUCCAACGUUAUCAUACCAGUUUACGCUGCUGAGUUGUAUCCGACGACCAUCAGGAACAUUGGAGUGGGCGCUGCCAACGUGACGGCCGGCAUUGCUCUGAUGCUGGUGCCCUAUCUGUGGCUUCUGGCGGAUUUCCACCGGAGUUUGCCCAUGCUGGUGCUGGCGCUGUGCGGCAUCCUCGGCGGUUUGUGCGUGCUGCUGUUGCCCGAAACGAAGGGGGCGAAGCUCUCUAGUUCUAUCAAGGAGGACGAGGAGACCAGGAGGAUGUCCUUGGCGGAGGUGAGGCCCAACAGGAAGAUAAACAACAAUUGCUCGAUUUAG